GAGGGUAGCUCUAUCUACCAUUCUCUCAACUCUUUUGAUUACAUACAUAGAGAUAACAAAUACUCCUAUUAUACUGAAAAUGGGAUUACAUGGAAAAUUGGUUGCAGCAAUAGAAUUCAAAGCUGGCGGCGAUGUCUUCCAUGAACUUUUCAAGCACAAACCCGAGCAUCUUUCCCAUGCUAGCCCUAUCAAGGUCCAAGGCUGUGAUCGCAUCCAGGGGCAAUUUGGUCAAGUCGGUGCCAUCAUCUGCUGGAGAUACACCCACGAAGGGAAAGAGAAGAAGGCGAAGCAAGUUAUUCGGAUGAUGGAUGAAGAGAAGAAGCUAAUUGAAUACGAGAUGUUGGAGGGAUCCGACUUGUUGCAGCUCUACAAGACAUUCGACAUAACCAUCCACGUCGAGACCAAGGGCGACAUCGACUUGGUGACGUGGACGUUGGAGUACGAGAUGCGCAAUGAUGAUGUGGAGCAUCCGAUGUCGAUGCUCUCGUACUUCAUCGACAUCACCAAAGACAUCGAAGAUCAUCACUUUGGCAAGCCAUGAGUGAUCCACUCACUCUAAUUUUGUUGAAUGUGUGAUUUAUAAUAAUGAAUAAGACAAUGUGUGAAGAUGGGUGCUUUGUCUUCACAAGGUACUAUAUAUCUUUCAUUUGAUUGUGUGUUUGUUUUCUUUCUGUGUUUUUUUUAUAAUGUCAAGGCUCUAGCUUUAUGCUCGUGUAAUAAAAUGUGGUUGUUCUAUUAUUUACUAGUAUAUGAUACUAUAACUUAUUUUUAUGUA